AUGCUGGCCAACCCUCAGAAUUUGGAUAUCGGUUCCUUGCUGCAGUCUCCGAGCAGCUCACCGUUUGCACUGGCGCUCAAAGCCUCGACGUACGUCCUUGUUGUGCCAAAUCACCGCUGCAGCAUCUACACGAGGCUUUGGUGUGGGUACGAAGCCUUUCGCGCUCACGAGGAAGGCAAGACUGUCUUCGUCGCUCGUGCUCCAACCGGCAAAAAGAUGAUGGUCGUCGUUCUGUGGACGACACUUGCAGGACUGCUGGGCUUCUUGCUGGGAAUCUUCUGUUGGCGCUUUCAUGGGCUGUACCUGCUUCUGCUUAUGCUGACCGUUGCAGCAUUCAGCAGUGUCUGCAUUGAAAACCAGACCUGGCGCAGGAUCCUGAACGGGAUAGGUGCCUUCAUGUGCGGUGCCCUUCUCUACCACUGGAAGGUCGUCAUUCCCUUUUCCGACACUGGCCUUCUGCCUAUGCUUACCGACGUGGGACAACGGCUGCUUCUUGCUUCCGGCAUCUUGUUCUUCGAUCUGCUUGAGGUCGACCGCAUCAUUGGACAAAGCCAGAGAGAGCAGGCCAAGCAGCUCAGUCAUGGAUUUCAAGGCAGCAUCGAGUAUGCGACCUGCUCCGAAGCAGCCGACACUGCGCGGAUUUUGCAGGAGAUUGGUGAGAGGACCAGCGAUGUCGACUACGCCAUCCACGUGCUACUCGCUGCUGGGAUGUCAACGCCGACACUUCGAAUAGUCGCCCGUGCAGGAGUCGACAUCUCUGGUGCGGGCUACACCGAAAUGGCCUUUCCCUGUCUGGAUCUGGGACCAUUCCUUAUUCACGACCUUGUGCUUCUCGUAAAAGAUGUACUUCUUCGUCGGUGCCAGCGUUGGAUUCCUUGCCUGGUUUCCGUUUGUGCCCGUCUUUUGCUGCUCUUCUGUCUCUGGCAUAGUGCGAAGGAUGAGAGAUGCUUUAUUUUGAAGAUGAUGUCAAAGAUGAUUGCAACUUUGCAAGUCCUCGUCUUGCCGACGGUUAUGUUUCUGCAGCUGACUGCUGCCGAGACUGAUGGCGUUUUCUACACAAUUACGAUCUCCAUCAUGCUUAUGCACAUCAUCAUGGUUGGCUUCGCUUGUCUAGGCAUGCGACGAUUGGCGAGACUUCCGCUUGCAGGGCCUUGCAUGCUACAGUUGUUCCUUGGUCGUGGCCACUGCAGCGUCGCUAGUGCAGCAGGAGCGGCGCCUGUCUAUUCGCCUGACAUGCACUCGUCCAGCUCUGACGACUCAUCGGACUAG